AGAGGGAAUGAAGGAGCAGAAAACGAGCAUCCUCAAAUAACAUCGCUUGAAAACGAGACCCUGGAUCGUAAUUAAAGAUUAUUCGCGUGAGGAAGUGAAUGACAUUGCCACAUCAGAUAUGUACUCCGAGGAGUGGAGCAGGAAUCGGCAGGGUAGAGAGAAGUCUGUGAUCACGAAUUUCAGCUUUAGUCAGCUGCCAGACGAGGAGAAGAUGGGUAGGAUAAAACCGCACAGUGCUCAGGACUCAGAGGAAUCCAUUCCUGAUGAUCGCUACCAUGGCAUCUACUUUGCCAUGCUGUUGGCUGGUGUCGGCUUUCUGCUGCCAUACAAUAGUUUCAUCACCGAUGUGGACUACCUCCACCGCAAAUUCAUAGGCACCUCUAUUGUGUUCGACAUGAGUUUGACGUAUAUUCUAGUGGCUCUCAGUGCUGUCAUUGUGAACAACGCACUCGUGGAGAGACUGAGCUUAAACACUCGCAUCUGUGUGGGAUAUCUAUUUGCAUUGGGACCUUUGGUGUUUGUGAGUGUAUUUGAUGUCUGGUUGGAGCUGUUUGACACUCAGCAAUCCUAUGCUCUUACUCUGGCUGCAAUUGCCAUUGUUGCAUUUGGAUGCACAGUGCAGCAGUCCAGUUUCUAUGGUUACACUGGGAUGCUACCCAAGAGGUACACACAGGGCGUGAUGACUGGAGAGAGCACUGCAGGAGUUAUUGUCUCUCUGAGUCGCAUUUUUACAAAGCUGCUGGUGGAAGACGAGAAGAGCAACACCAUCAUCUUCUUCCUGUUCUCUGUCUCAAUAGAGACGCUCUGUUUUCUGUUACACGUGGUGGUACGACGGACACACUUUGUCCGUUAUCACACCGACAGGGCUCGCCACAGCUGGCUCAAAGUACAGAUCAAUAAUGUUACGACAAAAAAGCACAGUGGCUAUCAGAUACAUUACGACAGCAGCGCAGAGGAAGAGGAUGGAGUGGCAUCAAGCACAGUUGACGAAGCUGAUGCAGUCAAUCUGGGUAACGGUUCCCAUGGAGAUGGAAUAUAUGUCAGAUUUGGUGUGCUCAAACCAGACACCAAAAGGAGCUGGAUGAGCGUGAAGGAGCUGCUAGGUCAGAGGUGUGCAGUUGCCCGGGAGAUCUGGCCCUAUAUGCUCUCAAUUUUGGUGACAUAUUUCAUCACUCUGUGUCUGUUCCCUGGUUUGGAGUCAGAGUUACACAACGAUACACUGGGAGAAUGGCUGCCUAUUCUCACCAUGGCUCUGUUCAACAUGGCAGACUUUGUGGGCAAGAUCUUGGCAGCGUGUCCAUAUGAAUGGGGUGGUGUGCAGCUGCUGGUGUGUUCGUGUUUGCGCGUUCUCUUCCUGCCCCUGUUUGUGAUGUGCGUGUUGCCCGUGCAGCGCCCCCUGCUAGCGCACCCAGCCUGGCCCUGCGGCCUGUCCUUGAUGCUGGGAAUCAGUAACGGUUACCUUGGCUCUGUACCAAUGAUACAGGCGGCCGGCAAGGUGCCACUUCAGCAGCGAGAAGUAGCAGGGAACACCAUGACUGUAUCAUAUAUGGCGGGACUGAUGCUCGGCUCUGCUGUGUCUUACUCAACAUACAGCCUGACCUCACAGGCACAGUCUACUCACACGCUGAAACUCAACAACACACUCACAGUACAGAGCUAUGUGCCCGGCCACUGAGUGUCUCUCUCACAUGUACACUGUUUUGUAUAGUUGUUAAUGUAAGAAUAAAGAACAUUUCCAGAGUCUAUCCCUGCUGAAAACACCAGC